UGCUAAUUUGACAGUGUUUGAAGAAGAUGGCGUCGAGCAGAAACGUCUGUUAGCAGAGUGUCUUUGUUGUGUUUUUAAAGUGUGAAGAUGUGUAAAGUCCAAAUGCUGAGAGCGUUGGUGAAGCAGCGACUAACUGCGGCUGCUGAAGAGAUAUUUGGGCUGUUUGAAAGAACGAUAGCAGAGUACGAGGAGCAACUUUGUCGCUCAAAAGAGGAGAACGAGCGACAACGGAAACUACUGGACGCUGUUUACAACCCUCAGCUCAGGUUACACAGAGCAGAGGUCCAGCAGCAGCUGUUGGUGGUUAAAGAAGAGGUUCCCCCUGAGCAGCAGGAGUGGAGCUCCAGUGUGGAACAGGAGGACCCAGAGCCCCCACACAUUAAAGAGGAACAGGAGGAACCGGAGGUGCCCGCAGACUCUGAUCCAGAUUUACAACCUGAUAAUGAGGACAAGAAUGGAGUCUCUUCCGAACCCGACACUGAUGACAGCGGUGAUUGGGACGAGACCAGAGAACCUCAGUCAGAUUUUAACUCUCCGAAAUCCGAUGAACUUUCUGUCGGGGACUCAAGACGUAGACUUUGUGAGAAAAGAUUCAACUGCUCCGACUCCAGGAAAAGAUUUGGCCGCAAGACACACCUCCAAGAACAUGAUAACUCACACAGGAGAGAAACCGUUCAGCUGCUCCGAGUGUGGACGGAAAUUCACCCGCAAGGCGCGUCUGAAGACACAUAUGAGGACACACACAGGAGAGAAACCAUUUAGUUGCUCCCUCUGUAAGAAAUGUUUUACUGAGAAUGGAAGCUUACAGAAACACGAGGACUCAUACCGGAGAGAAACCGUUCAGCUGCUCCAUUUGUAAGAGGUCGUUUGCAUGGAGUGAAUGUUUACAAAGACACAUGAGAACCCACAUGGGAGAAAGACCAUUCAGCUGCUCUGAGUGCGGAAAACAUUCGGGCGAAACACGUACCUUAAGAUCCACAUGAUCACUCACACCGGAGAGAAGAGGUUCAGGUGCAGAGUCUGUGACCAGAGAUACACUCGGCACUACCAGCUGAGGAUCCACCGGUGCGUUGGCAGUCAGUCGUCACAGCUUCCUCAGAAUGAGGAGAACAGAGAACCUCAGUCUGGUGAGAAACUCUUCAGCUGCUCCGAGUGUGGGAAGGGAUUUGGUCUAAAUGAAUCUCUGAAGAGACACAUGAGAUCUCACACAGGAGAGAAACCAUUCACCUGCUCACUCUGUAAGAAGUCGUUCACUCAGAGUGGACAUUUACGAAAACACAUGAAGGUUCACAUGGGCUGCUCUGAGUGCGGGAAAAGAUUUGGGGUCUGUGGAAAUCCAAAGGGACACUCGGGAACUCAAACAGGAUAGAAACAGUUUAAUCGUUGUGUUUGUGGCAGGUUUUUACUCAAAGAAUCAGAUCAAACCAAAUUAACCUGAACCCCACACGCAUCCUGUUUUUCAUGUCUGUCUGAUCCAGUUAGUCAUAAAAUUUUACUUGCCAAGUAAAGUUCCCAUGGCAUCCCACAAGGGUCCAUCCUUGGUCCUCUUUUUUUUCAUUUUUAAAAAAUGUAGUUCCUGUGGCUUUUAAGGUUCGUCUAUGGUAUGUGAGCAGUUUAAAAACAGAAAACAGUAUCUACUGAAAAGUACCCCUAACCGUAAAGCAACCAUUUUGUGUGGUGUCCCACAAGGAUCAAUCCUCGAUCCUCUUCCUUUUUGUUUUUUCGUUAACCUAACCUUUGUCUUCUAAACCAGUGGUUCCCAUCUGGUGGGUCAUGAAUCGAAAAUGAACUGCAACAGAAUGGACCGCAGAUGAUGUGUGAAUGUUUCAUGUUUGUAAGACGCACACCUUAUUUUGAAGUACAGCUAAUUUCCCAAUCAUAGCUUUUAUUUUGAAAUGCUGUUCCUUGCUGUUUUGAUUGAUUGGUUGAACUUUUUAUUGGUAAAACCAAAAGGAUAAAAACACAAUAAAGCCCGAAAGCUUGUUUCCAUUGUGGUCCUUUGGACAUAGAACAUAUAUGGACAGGAAACAAAGACAGUACAACAGCCAAUAUAUGUGACAAAGACAUUACAAUACAACAGCCAAUACAUAGACAUCACAGCAUAGAG